UGACGCCCCAGAACCAACUCCUCUUAAGAUAGGCUGCGAAAAAACACACUAUAUGGAGGUGAGGAAGAUACAGAGUACUGAGAGAGUAACAGAAGAGAGAGACCAUGAAGAUGAUACUAUAAACACAGUUUUGUUCACAGCUGGCGCAGCUCUUUUAAUGGCAUGUUUGAAGCGCGCCAUGAUAACGUGUCUAGUCGAGCAGUGGCGCGCGUGGGUGUUUCUCGUCCUCAACCUCGUCCUCUUAGCCAUUCUUUUCACGUCUGUACGCUCCGGCGCCUCCAACGAAAACCAAGAAUAUUGCAAUAUUGUCGAGGAUGUUGGAACGAAGAAGACUGAAAGGAAGAAGAACAGGAGGCACUGUACGUGGUCACCACAAGUUGAAGAACAUAAAGACUCCCACGAAAUGCAUAGGAAAAGAAGUUUGGGGAACAUUGAGCGAGUUGAAGACCACCACCACCACGCAGAGGCUAAUCCAAUAAGGCUGUCAAAGGAGGAGCUGAAUGAGAGAGCGGAAACUUUCAUUGCCAUGUUCAGGCAGCAUUUGGUCACAGAUGCUGAGAAAGGUAGACGCCAGCUCUUUCACAAACCACAAGGAGCUAAAAUUUUGAACUUUCAACAGGGGUCUAAAACAUGACCCUCUCCCCUCAGGGGUCAAGUGUUUAAAUCCAGAAGUUUAGGGGUUAAAUAAUAUUUGAUAUUAUUAUUAUUAUUUUAGGAUUUUGUCAUGUCAAAAUUUGGUUUUGGUAGUCCCAACUCCCAUUCACAGUAAAAACCAAACUAUCCCUGUUUUUCA